AUGUUUGGACCUUUUGCAAGCUUGUUCGGUAAAAUUUUCUCGAAAGUGAUUGCCCCCAAAGUGCAAGACCAUGUGGCAAACAAAUUGGCAAACAAUGCCAAGUUUCAAGAAUUUGUAAAGAAGGCAGAAAAUGCUGCAGAAAAUUUGGUGGAUAAGGCUCCCGAUCAUUUGGGAAGAGCCAAGGUGUUCGGAGGUCACUUUUUUUCUGAAUUGAAAGCUAUUGUGAGGGAGAUGUUUUCAUUCGGAAAGAAAAAAGUAAUUGUGCACCUAUCAUCAUCUCUGCUGAGAAAGGUUCUCAGAAUAAUGAUUAUUUUAAUAUUGGAACGAUGA